AUGACAAGGUUAAUUCCGCCAACUUGGUAUGGGAUUGGCGCAACAAAAUUUCUAGAUUACCUGAAUCAUGGAAAGCUACCGGAGGUCCCGAAAGCUUUGAGGGCUUUGCAGGCAAAGGCUGUCUGGUAUUGUGUCGUUGAUGGUCUGUUACAUCGGAGGUGUUUCUUUAGUCCAAUGGCAAGAUGUGUGGGGCCCGAAGAGACUGACUACGUGAUAAGGGCAGUCCAUGAAGGGAUUUGCGGUAAUCAUUCUGGCGUAGAGUCUCUCUCACUAAGAAGCUACUCGGGGCCGGAUAUUAAUGGUCCAGAAUGGAGGAAGAUGCGAAGGCCUUCAUCCGGAGAUGUGACAAAUGCCAGCGAUAUGCUCAGAUGUUGCACCAGCCAGGCGAAGAAUUGCUCCCAGUUGUAUCCCAUUGGCCAUUCAUGA